AUGGCUAUUCCCUUUUCUUAUGUUCUUGUAAUAUUACUUCUUUUUUUCUUUCCAUUACACACUUUAGCUCAAAAUAAUGGUAGAGUAGCUACUACUAGUUCUAUUAAUGCAACAGCUGGAAGUACCCCAUGGCUUUCACCAUCUGGUGAUUUUGCAUUUGGGUUCCAAAAAAUUCAAGAUAAUAAAGAUCACUUCUUGCUUUGUAUAUGGUAUGCAAAAAUACAAGAAAAAACUAUAGUCUGGCAUGCAAAUAUAAGUGGUCCAGUGCCACAAGGAUCAAGAUUGAAUGUUGAUCCUCAAAGGGGUCUUAUACUUAGUGAUCCUCAGGGAAAUACCCGUUGGAGAACUGAUUUGAAUUUGGGUAAUAUUGACUAUGCAUUCAUGAAUGAUACUGGGAAUUUUGUUAUCAUGGGAAGUGAUUCUACUGGUCCAUUGUGGGAAAGUUUUAGAAAUCCAACUAAUACUUUGUUGCCAAAUCAAAAACUGGAAAGAGGAAGCUUCCUUGUUUCUCAAAGAUCAGAAGCUAAUUUCACUCAAGGUAGGUUUUAUUUUCACAUGUUGGAUAAUGGGAAUUUGGUGCUUCGUACACGAAGUGUGCCUUCCAAUUCGAUUUUUGAUGUUGAGUACUAUAACAGUCAAACUUCUGACACAACAAAUGCAACCAAUUCUGGGGAUAAGUUGGUUUUUCAAGAGAAUGGCCUGAUGUACAUAUUGAAGCGAAACAAUCAAAAGAAAAUUCUUAAUUCCCGAUCCGUUCCUUCAGCUUCGGACAAUUACCAUCGCGUGACUCUUAACUUUGAUGGUGUUCUUACUCAUUAUUAUCAUUCAAGGAAUUCUACUAGCAGUGGCUGGGAUGUCCUGUGGUCUCAACCAGAUAACAUAUGCGUCGAUCUUGUGGGAGAAAAAGGAUCUGGUGCUUGUGGUUACAACAAUGUAUGCGAGCUUGGUUCAAACAACAGACCGGUUUGUAGCUGUACGAAAGGAUUUUCACUUAUUGAUCCGAACGAUGCUAAUGGCGACUGCAAACACGAUUUUCCUCCAAGUUGUAAUGAUGUUACGAGUGGUUCUCCUGAAGAUUUUUACAAUUUUACCGAGGUCCGUGAUACUGAUUGGCCAUUUGGUGCCUUUCAGCUAAUUACCCCUUCAACAGAACAAAACUGCCGAAGUGUUUGUUUGCAUGACUGUUUGUGUGAUGUUGCCGUUUAUCACAAGAACAGCUGCUGGAAAAAGAGGCUGCCUUUGUCGAAUGGGAGAACAGACACCAAUCUGAAUUCAACGGCUUUUAUCAAAAUAAGGAAAAAUGCUGCUCCUCCACUAAGUCCUGGCCUUCCCAAUAAUCCAGCAUCUUGUCAAAGCAAAAAUUGGCGAAAUUGGGAUGUUGUGUUGUCUGCGCUCUUAGGAAGCUCGGUCUUGGUAAAUGUUCUUUUCGUUGGUGUAUCUUGUUGGGGAUUCUUCCAUAUUUACAAAAUGAAAGCGAAGACAUCAAGCUCUAUGAGUCACGUGGCAAACUCUACGUGUCAUAGUUUUACAUAUAAAGAACUUGUAGAAGCCACAAAAGACUUCAAAGAGGAGCUAGGUAGGGGUGCAUGCGGGAUUGUUUACAAAGGGGUAAUGCCUAUCGGUUCAAGAAACGUAGUCGCUAUAAAGAAACUGGACAGAGUUACUCAUGAGGUAGAGAAAGAAUUCAUGACUGAGGUAAAUGUGAUUAGUCAGACUCAUCACAAGAAUUUGGUCCGUCUGAUUGGAUAUUGUAAUGAAGGACCUCAUCGUUUGUUGGUCUACGAUUAUAUGAGUAAUGGCACUCUUGCAAGUUUCAUUUUUGGUGAUCCAAAACCUACUUGGAGCCAGAGGACAAAUAUUGCAAUGGGGAUUGCAAGGGGACUUGUGUACCUCCACGAAGAAUGCAGCACGCAGAUUAUCCAUUGUGACAUAAAGCCUCAAAACAUUCUCCUGGAUGGUUAUUAUGUUGCUCGAAUAUCAGAUUUCGGAUUGUCUAAACUGCUGAUGAUCAACCAGAGUCGAACGCUUACCAAUAUUAGAGGAACGAGAGGUUAUGUUGCACCAGAAUGGUUUAGGAAUAGUCAGGUCACGGUUAAGGUGGACGUUUACAGCUUUGGUGUAUUGCUACUGGAGAUCAUCGCUUGCCGGAAAAAUUAUGAGAAUGAGGAAAACUACGGACCAGAGGCAAUUCUUAGGGAUUGGGUUUUGGAUUGCUUUCAAGAAGGAAAAUUGGAAGCUCUAGUGGAAAGUGAUAUCGAGGCCUUGAAUGACAAUAAGCAGCUCGAGAGGUUCGUGAUGGUUGGUAUUUGGUGUAUUCAAGAGGAUCCGUCGAUGAGACCUACUAUGAGGAAAGUGGCUCAAAUGCUUGAAGGAUCUGUUGAAGUGACUACUCCACCAUGUCCAUAUAAUCUUAGCAUUACUAUGUAA